AUGAGUGGGUCAAUUUUGAUUUGGGCCUUGAAACGGAGUGUUUUGCCCAUUUGAAUUGCUUACAUUUUUUAAAAUAAAAGUAUACUUUUUUUUCUCCCGGUGAUCAUUAUUUGGGUGAUUGGUGUUUGCAUUUUCCCUUGGUUUAGAAGGCUACACUUGCUUCGAGAAAACAACCAUAAUCGUUCGCUAUCACAACCUAAUUUCAAAUUCCCAAAUCAAAGUGCAACGCUUGAACUUUUUUCUCAAAUCAUUUGAACUUCAUUUUGGAAGGGGCUGUUUGUCUGCCGAGAAAACGAUGCAGAAAAUGGCGCAGGGUUGGUUCACGCAGGGAGGUAGUAGUGGCAGUGAUAAUCAACUCAAAACUUCAUCUUCAUUGCUCGCCGAUUGGAAUUCUUACGCAGAAUCACAGGCUGCUGAUGAUAGCACCUUCAAUUUGGGAAUUGGCUUGGAUCUCGAAAGCGCUGUUAGGUCCGCCAAUGAAACUGUUUCGGGAACUUUCAGCGUGGUUUCUAAAGGAGUGAGAGAACUUCCUGGAAAUUUCCAAUCUGCAACUAGCAAUGUUCCCUCAGGAAAAGCCCUGAUGUAUUUUGGUUUGUUUCUAGCAACUGGGGUUUUCUUUAUUUUCAUUGCGUUUACAAUGUUCCUCCCUGUCAUGGUUCUGAUGCCUCAAAAGUUUGCCAUCUGCUUUACCCUUGGAUGUUGCUUCAUAAUUGGAUCGUUCUUUGCACUCAAGGGUCCAAAGAAUCAGCUUGCACAUAUGUUCUCAAAAGAGAGACUUCCUUUUACAGUGAUCUUUAUUGGUAGUAUGUUGGGCACCUUAUAUGUUUCCAUGGGCCUCCACAGCUAUAUCCUUUCAGUUUUCUUCUCUGUAUUACAGGUUCUUGCACUUGCAUACUAUGCUGUUUCAUAUUUUCCUGGAGGUUCUACUGGGAUGAAGUUUCUGUCAUCUGCUCUUACGUCUUCUGUAACGAAAUGUUUCGGCAGGUGAUCUCAACUCCACUGUGGUGUUCAGUUGGUGUACUGCACAUUUCUCUCCUAACUAGAGAUCUAUGUUAAAGUUCGUAAAGUUUUGGAAUUUGCUGAAUGUACAAACCAAAAGUAUUAGCAACAGGCACCAUUUUUCUGUAUUCCUAUUUGGUUGUUUCAUCCCCAUCAUCACAUUGACUGAGCUAUUUUGCAACUGUAGAGAGAGGUCAAUUAAUGGGGACAAAGUUGUGAAGGCUUUGGGGCAUUAAUGUUGCUAUUUUCUACCAAUGCCAUCACAAUUUGAAGGCAAUAGAGAAUGAAAUUAGAUUACUUUUUUUUUUUUUCAAAAAUUAGAUUACUUAAUCCAGCUCUUGCGUUAAAAGGCUACCACGCUCUCAUUAUAUGACCGUUCUAUAUGCAUUGAAGUCUAAUGUAUUGUUUUUUAAUGGAGUAUCGAAUCA